AAGGCUAUUUUCUAGACUCCUCACAACAAAUUAUGAGUGUCACUCACCAUCCAAUCAUUUUCUGAGUGACACCGUUUAACAUCUGUCGCUCAGCUGUUGGUUAAUCUCUGUGAAACUGUCGUUUUGUGCUUAGUUUUCCUUGUUUGCUAACGUUAGCGUAAAUGUUCGACAUGGACGUUUCUUCCAGCAGGGUAUUUUUGUUUGUUUUCACUCCUUUCUCCUCUCGUUAGCCCCACUUCCUGGCCACUGGACCUCUUUAUGUGUAUGUAUUGAGACCCCGGAUGCCAUUGUAGUCACCCCAGCUACUUGUUUAGAGGAUUUAAGCUGUGUGACAAAUGGCCAACGCUGCUCCUCCGACUCCGGGCGUUGAAAACGCAAGUCCCGGAUCUAGUAGCUCGGCUGCCGCUGACAGUGGCAACCAGGACAGCACCUUUGAAUGUAACAUAUGCCUGGACACCGCCAAGGACGCCGUGAUUAGUUUAUGUGGACACCUCUUCUGCUGGCCUUGUUUGCAUCAGUGGCUGGAGACUCGACCCAACAGACAAGUGUGUCCAGUAUGCAAAGCUGGUAUCAGCCGAGAUAAAGUAAUCCCCAUAUAUGGGCGCGGAAGUACAGGUCAACAGGAUCCAAGAGAAAAAACACCCCCACGACCACAAGGACAAAGGCCCGAGCCAGAAAACCGUGGGGGUUUUCAGGGAUUUGGCUUUGGAGAUGGAGGCUUCCAAAUGUCGUUUGGGAUCGGUGCCUUUCCGUUUGGUAUUUUUGCAACAGCUUUUAACAUCAAUGAUGGAAGACCUCCUCCAGCAGCGGCUCCGGGGACACCGCAGCACACGGACGAGCAGUUUCUGUCUCGACUCUUCCUCUUUGUGGCUCUCGUGAUCAUGUUUUGGCUGCUAAUUGCAUAAAACUCAAGAGAUCUGACACAUCUGUGAUUCUGCUUUCAUACUUCUCCCCCCCCCCCCCCUCUUGCAAUAAAUGUGAUUAUACAUAAACAAAUGACACAUAACUGAACUUUUGUCAUUUUCAUGCUAUAAAUAAUAAAAAGCAAAAUGAUCCUACUUAUAAAAGCAGUUCAAAGUUUUAUACAAACAUUCUUUAGGGACUGAUGAGUGAAAUGUACAGUGUUUAAAUUUAUUGAAGUGUAUGUUGUUAUUGUUGCCAUCUAAAUCUAAAGAUCUCCAGAUUAUUUGGAAUUGUAUUUAAUUUUUUUUCCUGGGUCUGGUCACUGAAACAAGGUCAACCUCAGUGCUGAUCAUUUGUUGCAAAAAAAGUUUUCAGAAACCCCAAAGUUUCAUCACACAAUUAGUGGUUUAGUCUUGCUAGUGAUGGCGACAUAGUGUAUGGGUCUACAGCCAGAAAGAGAAAACAGAACUUUAUUCUGCAUGGAAGGCAUGCUGGGAAAAGACAAGAAAAAACAGUUUGCCAAACAGGACUUUUGGCUUGAUGCACUUUGCAGUUAAAGUUAUUUGGCUACAGUAACAAUGAGCAUGUCCUUUGGGACAUACUUUGGGGAUCCAGUGAUUAUUUUAACUGAGUUUUGCAACAUAACAAAAUUACUUAAAUGUAAUCUGAAGCUGUUGAACUGUGUGUCGACCUUUACAGAUGGUAGUGACCUUAAAAAAAACAAAUCUGUCCAGGAACUGCUCGAAAUGAAAUUACCCGAUCAGAGCAUAAAUCCCACUAAAUAGCUGAGGGUGACUUCAAACGGACACUUUUUCAGAAUACAAGAAUCUUUAUUUUAGAUUUAAAAAGAAGCAUGUAAGCAGAAAGAGUCAUUCAUUAAACAGUGUUCACCUACGCAUUUAUUCUCAUCAGUUUACUGUAUGCAAUUGUAAUUACAUGUAAAAUACUGUAAUUAUUAGAGUAAAAAUUAAGACUGACUAAGAAACAGCUUUUUCGAAAUAUGUUUGAAAUCUAUUGAUAAAGUUAUGUAAAUAAAGAUUAACUGUCUGUU